GUCUGGAAGUCACCCCAGUGUGGCUUACAUUAGGUCACAUGAUUUACUUUUUUUCCCAUGUGUUCAUAUAGAAAGAAAUAUGUUUGCUGACAAAAAUAUGUAACAUCAUUAAAUAUAUUAAAUAAGUUAAUUACAGCUAGGUUUUAGGCAAGUUGCUGGGGAAACUGCCGCGGAGCUACACAAUACUCUUUUGCCAUUUUACUGUCAGCGAGCUAAGGAUGAGUGUUUCAAUCUUAAGGAACCGGGGCAUGGGUGUUUCUCAUUAUUGUCUGAGCUUGAGGUGGCUGCGAGGAGCCUGGGUGCCUGGUUCUACAGAACUGGUCAUCUGCCACACUGGCCAUCAGAACGCUGCUUCAGGGACUCAAAAUGGCCCUGAGUUUUAUCCUUCCUUGUCCCACACAUGCCUAGCAUUCCUAAAGAUCUGUAGUUGGUUUUUAACAUUUUCGUCCUGUACCUAUGGUCGCAUUUCCACUGUCAAUUUUACAGUAGCUGUUUUUGAAAAAUGCUUCUUGAGGUACUAUCAGAUUUUUUUACUUUAGGAUGCCUAAGAGCAAAAUUUUAGCCUUCAAGUCAUGGAUUAUAUGCUGAGAAAGAUAGUAUAUACCGCUUAAAAUACGUUUUGAGUUUUAAGGUUUGACACUCUACACAGCGCUUAGAAUUAAUUCUGGAUGGUGCCUUCCCCACUGCCAGCCCAAUUUUCUGUCUGGAAGAUUCUGACAGGAUCAGAACUGAGUGUUGGAGUGUCUGUCACCAUUUUAUUUGCGUUUUCUUUUCACAAGCAUGUAGCAAUCAUGUGAGUCAUUUCUUCCUCACCUCCCACAAAUACUGUGGGUUAAAUAGAGCUGUGGGUAUUUUAAAAAAGUAGUAUAGGAGAGAUAGAGGAGGGAGGGAGGGAGAAAGAGACAGAGAAAGACAGACAGACAGACAGAGACAGAGACAGAGAGACAGACAGAGACAGAGAGACAGAGAGAGAGACAGAAAGACAGAAAGACAGACAGACAGACAGACAGACAGACAGACAGAGACAGAGAGACACAGAGAGAGAGAGACCUACCGACAGGGCUGCUGUGGCCUGUUCCUAAGGUUGCACUCCAGUGGUUUGUGUCGUGUUGUGCUUGCUCAGCCGGCUUGAUCCUCCUUGUUAAAAAACCUCCAAACCUCUGAAGAGCGAAGUAAAUUAACCUGCAUCCGUAUGGGCUCCCUGGCCAGGCUGGAAAUGAAGAAGCUCACUGCUUGUCGUGUGGAAUGUGGGUUCCAUCACGACACUGACGUUACCCCAGAAGGAGACCAGAGUGUCAGUGAAUUGGAUACUGAACAGCUCCAACCAACAAACAGGUUUCCCUGUGCAUUUCAUGUGGCUUUGAACUCACUUUGUAACCCAGGCUGGCCUCCAACUCUCAAGUGCUGGGAUGCAGACAUGUGCCACCAUGCCUGACUUGGUGUGUUGUAGGGCUUGUGACAAGCCCUCGUCCAGGACGGCUCUUCUAUGUUAUCCUCCCUCAGCAGAAGCAGCUUUGACACAGGAGUCUACGCCGCCUUCAGCUUGACUCAGCAGGGGAGAGACUGUGAAGUGCUCCUGAAUACAGGCCGGUAGAGGUGAAGCGGCAGAGUCCAAGCCAGGCUUCUGUUCCCUUCAGUGGAUCCCCCCAGGAAUCACUGCCGAACUACUGGUUAGUGGAAGUCCUCGCUUUCUGCCCCACAGAGAGCCUUCCUGGAAGGCAGCAUGUCCACCAAUUUUCCCUUGAGAAAAAAGUCUUCCACAGGAAAUGCUUCUUAUGCUUCUGUGGUAGACAUGAAAAGCCCCACUCAAGGAGCUACACUGACCCAACAAGCUUCUCAUGAACUGAACAAAAGAAAGACUUUUUUACAGGAUAACAGCUGGAUCAAGAAACGUCUUGAAGAAGAAAAAGAUGAAAAUUAUGGGAAGGUAGUGCUCAACAGGCAUAACUCCCAUGAUGCCCUGCACAGGAAAAUAAAUGAGAAAGAUGAAACAAAAGCCACAAUUAGUAGAUACUCAUCCGAUGACACUUUGGACAGGAUCUCAGAGAGAAAUGAGGCUGCCAAAACAUCUAAAGCCAACACCCUGGAUUACCGACUAACCAAUAGGAACCUGUCCACAUUUAGAUCGUCAGCUGCAACCAAGUCGCAACCUGGCAGUUUGAGUGCAAGCACCUCCCACUCCACAGGUUCCGUCCCCGCUGCCAGUCCUGUGAAGAAAAAGAGACAGUCUUGGUUUCCACCACCCCCUCCGGGUAGCAGCACCAGCCUGAACACAGAAGCCAGCAGAAGGAACCCAGCUGUUCACCCUCCAAUACCACCAAAGCCCAAUUCUCCUAUUUCUUCUCCUAAGCAGCUGAGACAGAAGAACAGGCUGAUAUCUCCAUCUAAACUUGGUAUGGCUACAGAAACCAGCAGAUCUACUGAAAGAAAUAUAAGGACUCGGGAUCUUGAUGACAUCACCAAGGUGACAAUGUCACUUCAGGAAACUGACAAGGGAAAAGAGUUGGAUAAUAUUAUCCAAAUGAACAAAAGCUUGAACAGGAAUCAAGGUCUUGAUGGUCUCUUCAGAAAAAAUUGGAAGGCAGAACAAAUAGAGAAAAGAGCCAAAAGUCUUGAAAGUCUCAUCCAUGUGGAUACCCAGAUGGACAAAGAUGACAAAGGAAACCAAAGCCUUGGAAGUUUUAAUAAAGUUAAUCAAAGGACUGACAAAAAUGAGAAAGGAAGCCGAGACCUCGAAUCUAUCACCAAAGUGGAUUCCAGGACACAUAAAACCAGAAGAGGAAGACAAGAUUUUGAUGGGCAUCUUAAAGUGAAUCUUGAAACAAAUAAAAACAUCAAAAGCAGUCGAAGCCUUGGCAAUCUGAUCGAAAUGAGCCCUGGAGGAAACAAGAAUAGGCACGGGAACCAAGACUUGGAUAAUCUUAUCAACAUGAACUUCUCAGCAAACAAAAGAAAUCAAUAUCUGGAUGACCUCAUCAAAGUGAAUUCCUCAGUAACCAGAAAUAAUCAAAGCCUAGAUUUGGACAAUCUUAUUCAAGUGAACCCUUCAGCUCUCAGAAAUGUUAAUCGCUCCAAUACUGGAACCAGACACGUAAGACCGAAGGACACUGUUAUGUAUACAAGGACGUACGUAGAGAAUAGUGAAGUACCAAGAGAUGAGUAUCAGGAGACUAGCUCUGGAAAGUAUAUACAAACUGUGUAUUCAACUUCAGACAGGUCUGUCAUUGAAAAUGACAUGUGCACUUACUGUCGAAAACCCUUGGGUGUGGAAACUAAAAUGAUUCUUGAUGAAUUACAAAUUUGCUGUCAUUCCACAUGCUUUAAGUGUGAAAUAUGCAAACGGCCUUUGGAAAACCUGAAAGCAGGUGACAGUAUUUGGAUUUAUAGACAAACAAUACACUGUGAACCUUGUUACUCUAAAGUUAUGGCAAAGUGGAUUCAAUAAAGCUGGCACAUGGAAAUCAAGAUGAACAGCAUUCACUAAAGAAUUAAAAGUUGCAAGUUUUAAAAACAUGUAAUCUACAAGAGUUUUUAUGCUGAAGAUCAACACUUGUAUAAAAUUAUAAUAAUUCUGAUAUUGCAUAAGUAAUAAAGUUACUUUCAAUAAGAUUAUAUAAAUGAAAAGAGCCAUCUGGUAUCUGGCUAUAUUAGUGAUAAGAAACUCGCAUGGUCUAAUUAUGAGUAUCAAAGGAAUAAUGCAUUUGAUGGUGGCAAACAUUAUCAGGCUUAGGCAGAUCUAUGCCUGGCUGUACAUCGUGAUUCCCAUUAGAGCAAAGUUGUUUAUUUUUGUCACCGUUAUUCUUCUAAGAAUUUGGGUUCUCAGGCAUUAUUGACACCCUAACAAAGGUACCAAAGGAAGAAAGAUGCUUAUUUUUUCUGCAGAAGAAAUGUUAGAAAUUUUCCUACAAACUUUGGCACAAAGAUGUCAACAUAAAAAGUUGUAUGUAUCUUAGAAAAUCACUCAAACUUUCUAUAUCUCCAUGACAUUGUUUGUGAUAUGGAGGGGCCCUGGACAAAACGAUUUGUACUUCUCUUUUUCUGAUGAAACUUUGAGUUCACUCAUUAAAAACAUCAUUAUAUGUGUUUGUUAAACUUAUUCACUAAAGAGAACACAUAAACAGUUUGAUCUUAGUGUCAUUCUUCAGUUUAUCACAACCAUGAUUUACAUGUACUAUAUCUUUUAAAAAAGAAAUAAACUUAUGGGGCAUAGGUAAACUAAUGUGACAUGUAUAGUUUACAUGUUAUAACUUGUUAAGUUUCCUUUGCAUGAAUUUUAAAAAUCUGGAUAUAUAAACAAUGUAUAAGAAAUAAUGGUUAUGGAUUAUAAAGGUAUGCUACAUGUUCUAAUAUUGCAUAGCACUUUAUAUUUAUGGAAGGCUUAUACAAAUAAAGUGAACCGUGAAAAUACAGAA